AUGCAUACCGCUUUCGACAGCUCGCCAUUGCUGACGGGCAUCAAGGGCAAACCGGAGGCGAUCGUUGCACACGGCGCCAAGCUCAUCGUCGGAUCAUCGACCGGCUCUGUGAGCGUCUACAGAACGGAUCAAACGUCCUCCUCUCAGCAAGCAGAAGCGUCAACGUCUUCGUCUCCAUCCAAACGGCCCCUUUCGCUCCAUGGAUCGCCCACCAAACCAGCUUCGAUCCUCUCCUCCCGCGCUUCCACCAGAGAGCUCAGACCGUCCACACCCGCAUCGAUCCCAGUCCAGGCGGUAUCGCAAUUCUCCAAGCGCUCCAUAGACCAGCUUGGCGUCAUCAAGGAGGCCAACUCGCUCGUGUCGCUGUCCGAUGGAUUCGUAUCGCUCCACGAUUUGUCGACAUUAGAAUUGCGAUCCCAAUUGCUGCAGACCAAGGGUGCGACCACCUUUGGUAUCGACACAUCAAUUCAGAAGCGUAUAGCUCCUCAAUUACCCGACUAUGGACCCGGUCCGCUUGGCGCAAGAGCGUCGAAGAAAUUCAAUCCGAACGCUUCCAUCAGCUCGCGAGCAUUUCGACCCGGUGCCGUCGGCGAUCAGAACCAGAUGGGCGCUGGUGGGGGAGCAGCAGGGUCGGGGACCGUAUCGAGGAAUCGAUCGAGCGUCUUUGAGGUGCCGUCCAAGGAUUGGCAAGCGGCCAGCAUGAGGGGCAUGGAUGCCGUUGCAAGGUAUCGAGAAGAAGAGAGAAGGAAGGCCAUGGAAGGCGCACGUUUCGGAGGCGCUUCAGCGGAUGCAGACGGCCAAGAUGGAGUCAUGACGCUCGUCACGGUACUCGCUAUCGGUGUCAAGCGGAAGCUUUUAGUCUUCCGUUGGGUCGAUGGUGAAUUCUGGGACACUCGCGAAGUGGCGCUGCACCACACACCACGUAGCCUGGCCUUCGUCACACCGACGAGACUCUUCAUGGGAUACAACGCAACAGAAUACGGCACCAUCUCGAUCCCGCUCGCUGCCGAAUCCACCGUCUCCUACACACACCCGACGUCAGGGCUUGGAGGCGCAAGCAACAACAGCAGUGGCCAGCUUCGUCGCGAGACGCACGUCCACCCACCGACCAAUUCGACUUCAGGUCCUCUCGUCGACCUCACCUCGUCCAGCUUGUCGUCAUGGCAUGUCGAAGACUUUGACCUGUCGGCCAGCAAUGCUGCAGGCAACGAGGGGUCGCAUGCUGCUUCGGCAGGGGCCCACGCAAGCACGAGCAUCUCCAUCGCCGGAGGCGCUGGGGCCGGCUUUGGCGCCGCUCUAGGAGGACUAGGUGGGCUUGGAGGAUACAUGGGUUUGAGCAGCAAAGGCAAGAUGUCUGUGUUGCACGUCGAUGGCGGUGAGGUGCUGUUCGUCAGGGAUGGCACAGGCAUCUUUCUCGGUGCCGACGGCCGACCUACUCGCCGUGAGGGGGUCGAAUGGAGCGCCAGCCCGCUCGAAGUCGCUUUCGCAAAGCCGUACGUCUUUGCGGUCUUACCCAGCGGAUCUGUUCCCUCGCUCAAGAAUAGUUCGUUGCCGAACGCCAACAAUCCAGUCUUGCAGAUCCGGUCGGUCGGUACGCUAUUCGCCGUCCAGACGCUCUGCUUCCCGCCAGCAUCGGCAUCGGGCACUUCUUUCAGGUCAACUCCCUCCGCUUCCUCUACAUCACCACCGCAAGUGCGGCUGCUGACGCCAUCGAGCGGGAAUAAGCCUCCCAUCUUUGUCGUUGUCAGCCCGACCGACCGCGCGACGCUGGAAAGAGAAGGCAGCACCAUCUGGCAGUUGCAGAUGCAGAGCUGGGGUCAGCAGAUCGACGAGCUGGUCGAAAAGGGCGAGUUCGAAGAGGCGCUGGGCUUGCUCGACAGUGUCGAUAAUGUCAUCUUGGAGGACAAGGACGAACGCAGGGCUUACGUACAGGGCCUCUAUGCGGUGUCGUUGUUUGCAGACGAGCGCUUCGACGAAGCGAUCGAAAUGUUCAUGGAGCUCGACACCAAUCCGGCCAAGGUCAUCGCGCUCUAUCCUGCCAAUGUCGCCGGCGAUCUGAGUCGCAGCAGACAGGAAUGGUUCCCGAUCUUUGGUGGAAAGACGCCCGCCAAGCUGCAAGCUCCGACCUCGGAUGCGGGCCUAGCAAGUCCGACACCAAGCCACGCAACGCUGGCAUCUUCAACAACAGGUGCAGCAAAAAGUCGUCUCGGCGCCUUCCUGCCGAGUCGAAGGCCUGCGAGCAUCGUCGGCGAGCCGGCUGUAGCAAGCAGCUUGAGCUCAAGCCCGUCGCACGCCAGCCCGAAUAGACCGAAAGCUGGUCCCACCUCGAUGGGGGCGAGCGCCUCAACAGCGCUCGAUGUCGACAGCCACCUGGAGACAGGCUCGAUCCGAUCCGUCAGAGCGACGCGAGAGGCGCCAGAGAUGAAGGCGACAGGAUCAGGCGCGAGCCGCGAUAGUCGCGCGGCCGCCGCCGAAACGUCCUCACGCAAAGCGCUCGAUGCUCUGGGCAAGUUUCUGGCGGAUCGCCGACGUAUCUUCAAACCUAUCCUCGAAUCGAGUACGCACCACGAAUCCAAGAACCACAUGGCCAUGUCGCAAAUCAAGCGCGACACGCACUGGCUGCUCUCGCUCGGCAACAAACCGUUCGACGAGAUGGAAAAGGACGAACUGAUUGCGGUGGCCCAGACGGUCGACACUGCACUGUUCAAGACGUUCCUGCUGACCAAGCCGGCGCUGAUUGGCCCGCUGUGUCGUAUCGAGAACUGGUGUGAGGUCGAGCAGGUGGAAGAGCUGCUCAAGGAGCGCAAGAAGUUUUCCGAGCUGAUCGCACUGUAUGGCGGCAAGGAGAUGCACAGCAAAGCGUUGGGCCUGUUGAAGCAGUUCGCCGAGGACGAGGAGGACGUUGAGGAGAAAAUGAGGCCGACGGUGCAGUACCUGCAGAAUCUGGGAACCGAGUUUAUCGAUGUCAUUCUAGAGACGUCGCACUGGCUGCUCGAAGUGGACGGCAAGCUCGGUAUGGAACUGUUCACUGCGGAUACGGGCAAAGUGGGGUCAUGGCCUCGACUCGAGAUCGUCGACGACCUCAACAGAUUCGACAAGACGCUGUGUGCCGUUUACCUCGAAUUCAUCAUCGAGAACGCAGGCGAGGCGGAUCCAGCGCUUCACGAUAAGCUGAUACGGCUGUAUCUCCGAAGGGCCGCCUUUCUCAGGGAGCAGCUGCAGUCCGGCCAAGGUCAGCCAGACCGAAAUGGCGACAAAGAUGGUGGAGGCUUGUCAACAUCCGCACCUUUGCAGGCCGAGCGGGACGAGCUCAUGCGGAAGCUGCUCGCCUUCUUGCGCACGUCGACGCAGUACCGUCCGGAGCAGAUCUUGGUGCGCUUGCCUGCCGACGACGACGAUCGAGAUAUGCUCGAAGCAAGAGCGUUGCUGCUGGGGAGAAUGGGCCAACACGAAGGCGCACUCAGCAUCUACGUUCGCAAGCUUCAAGAUCCGACCAGAGCCGAAGAGUACUGUCGCGACGUGUGGCGAUAUCAAGCAGCGUUCCAGGACCAAGCCACCUCCGCGCAGACGCAACAGACGCGAAACGGACGUUCGAACCAUCAGCAGAGUCUGUUUGUGGAACAGGAGCAGAAGCAGCUCGCGGACCGCGAAGUGUUCCUCACCUUGCUUCGCAUCUACCUGGACACGACAGGAAAAGGUUCGAUGCAGCUGGAUGCUGCCCUAGGCUUGAUCCAGCGUCACGCCGCACGGAUCGAUUUGCGUGCGGCACUGGAGCUGCUACCUGCCUCGGUGCCGCUCUCGCAGAUUGCAGGCUUCGUCAACGUCAACCUGAGGGACUCGACGCGAAAGGAGCACGAAGCCAAGGUGAUCCGCGAGAUCCGGACCAACCGCAACUGGCAGGCGGAGGAGACGCUGUGCAAGCUGCAGAGUCGACGCGUCAAAGUUGGCGAGUCGAGAACCUGUCCUAGAUGCCACAAGCGGCUGGGCAACAGCGUGGUGGCGGUGAAUACGAAAGCUCCGUUCCCGCUGCACCAGCAACAGAGCUGUGGUCUCUCGCUUCGAUGCUCCGAGCCGUCCUGGCUGAUCGCCUCGUUUGCCACCCUAAAUCAAAUCACGCGUAUUGACCGGUCCUAUGCAGUGUUGCGCCAAGGAAGCCUCGAGAUGACCUAG